AUGGUGAGACCGGAGUAUGAUCAGAUAGCCAGGGCCAUGGAGAUGAUGGCCAUGGUGAUGCAGCAGCAGACUGCACAUUUUGCUAGGGCAGAUGCAGAGAGAGCUGCAGCAGGACCUACUGGGUCUCAUGUGAGCAGGGAUCUGGCUAAGUUCAGGAAGUGUAGUCCUCCUCAAUUCAGGGGUGAUGUAGAUCUGGAGGUAGCUGACCACUGGAUUUGCGAGUUGGAGAAGAUAUUCUCAAUUUUGGGUUGUUCAGAGGAGCGGAAGCUCGUGUAUGUAGUGUAUAUGUUGACAGGGGAAGCAGAGCAUUGGUGGAGGGAUACUAGUCAGAUGUUGAUUGACCGUGGAGUGGUUGUGGACUGGGUGUGCUUCAAAAGGGUUUUCCUCGAGAAGUACUUCCCAGAAAGUGUCAGGCAUGCUCGAGAGGCAGAGUUUAUGAGAUUACAGCAGGGUGAAAUGUCAGUGAUCGAGUACACCAUGAGAUUUGAGAAUUUGACACGCUUCUACACCCAAGCCAUCUCUGAGGCUUGGAAGUGUAGGAAGUUUGCUGAAGGCUUGAAGUAUGAUUUGAGGAGAGCGGUGGUACCUAUGGCCAUCACGGAGUUUCCAGCCUUGGUAGAGAAGGCGAACGUUGUAGAGCAGCUAGAGAGCAUCGGCAAGCCAGCAAAGAUUGUUGGUGGGCCAGUUGGGUCUAAGAGUAGUGGUGGUUCUCAGAGGAAUCCUUACGACAGGCCCUAA